AUGCCGGAGCUGCUGGCGGAGCUGCAGGAGGCCGUGGGCUCCCAGCUGGGUGUCACUCAGGCCCAGGCAGGCUCCGGGGAGCUGCGUCUGGUGGGCGGCGGCGGGCGCUGUGCCGGGCGCGUGGAGGUGAAGCACGGCGGUGAGUGGGGCUCCGUGUGCGUCUACGACUACGACGGGGAAGGUCUCUGGUCCGUGGUGGUGUGCCGGCAGCUGGGCUGUGGCCGAGUGGCCAGGGCGUCCCCGUACGCCCCGUUCGGGCAGGGCAGUGGGCGGAUCUGGCUGCAGCCCUUCUACUGCCGAGGCACCGAGGAUACGCUGGAGGAGUGUCUGCACUUCGGAUGGGGACAGCACUUCUGCGGCCACGAGCGGGACGUGGGAGUGACCUGCACAGAUGCCGUGGAGCUGAGGCUGGCGGGCGGCAGCAGUGCCUGUGCUGGGAGGGUGGAGGUGAAGCUGCAGGGACAGUGGGGCUCGGUGGCAGACGAAAUCCGUGACACGAAGGACGCCGAGGUGGUUUGUCAGCAGCUGGGCUGUGGCUCGGCUUCCGGUGCCUACUACGCCCGUGACACCUUCGGUUUAGGGGGCUGGCUCAUCAGCCUGGUCCAGGUGGACUGCAGUGGGAAGGAGGCCACACUCUGGGACUGCAAGAUCCGUGGCUGGGGACCGUAUAACGGCAGCAAUCAUGACUUUGACAUUGCUGUUGUCUGCCAAGGAUUCUCCCGGCUAGUCGGAGGUGAUGGAGCCUGUGCCGGGCGUCUGGAGGUGCGUCAGGGCCGGGCCUGGGUCGGUGUCUGUGAGGAUCAGGUGGACAUGAAGGCGGCCCAGGUGGUGUGCAGGGAGCUGGGCUGCGGUGAGGUGCUCGCCAUCCCUAGCCGUGCUGGAUUUGGGAGAGGAUCAGGAUCAUUCUUGGACAGGGGCUUCCAGUGCAAUGGCAGCGAGCCCCUCCUCAGUGCCUGUGCCCGGCGUCCGGCCCACAGGCAGGGCUGCACCGGCCCUGCCAGCGUCACCUGCUCGUCCUACACGGGCUUCCGGCUGGGCAACAGCAGCUCGGGAUGCUCCGGGCGAGUGGAGGUGGCGGUGCGGGGCACGUGGGGAUCCGUCUGCGCCAGCGAGUGGGACCUGGCCGACGCGCACGUCCUGUGCCGCCAGCUGGGCUGCGGCCGCGCCUUCAGCGUGCCCCCGGGAGGCUCCUUCGGCAGCGGGGAGGGGCCGCUGCGGCCGGACGCCUUCGGCUGCAGCGGGAGCGAGCGGCACCCGGGCGAGUGCCCCGUGGCCGUGCUGGGGAAGCCGCCCUGUGCGCCGGGAAACGCCGCCGCCGUCAACUGCUCAGGCAGUGUCGAGUCCCUGCGGCUGGUGGAAGGUGAGACCCGGUGCGAUGGGUUUCUGGAGAUGGCCGUAAGCACCGGGGCGUGGCACCGUGUACCAGGAGAGGUUUCGCCCGUACGGAAUUUCAGCAAAGUGUGCUGGGAGCUGGGCUGUGGAGGACUGGACAGGACUGAUGCUGUCCAUGGUCAGAUCUACCUGUCGGAUGUCAACACGACGGAGAGGCCCAUGACAGAACGGGUGAUUCCAACCAUCAUGGACACGACCCCCAAUGUGACCACAGGGACAAUUAGCGAUGAUAAAUUUGGGAAUGAAAGGGAGUUUGUUACGACUACAGCAGCUGACAUCCCUCAUGGGAGCUACACUGUGUGCUCAGGUGGGUGUUGCGAGAGGGGCCGGAGGUGGCAGUGCCCCAGGCAGCCACCCCAGCCCAUGCCUUGCGUGGCCACAGGCAGCCGGCAGGUGAGGCUGGUGGGGAGCUCUGGGCGCUGUGCCGGGCGCGUGGAGGUCUAUUCCGGUGGCAGCUGGAGCUCCGUGUGCCAGGAAGGCUGGGACCUGCAGGACGCCGCCGUUGUCUGCCGGCAGCUGGGCUGUGGCAGGGCACUGGAUGCGCCGAGCUUGGCGCACUCAGGUGCCGUCCCGGGGCCGCUGUGGCCGUACAUCCCCGACUGCUCCGGGUCCGAGGAGUCUCUCUGGGAAUGCGGGCGCACGGAACGGCGCCAGUGCGGGCGCGGCGGCGGGGCAGGGGCCGUCUGCUCAGAGCAGCUCCUCGUGCAGCUGGCAGGAGGCCACGGGCGCUGCCGGGGCUACCUGGAGGUGUCCUACAACGGCACCUGGGGCCGCGUGUGCGCCAGCGGCACCAGCAGCGGCACCGCCGCCGCCGUCUGCCGCCAGCUGGGCUGUGGGGACCAGGGCUCGCUCUCACCUGUCCCCUCCCAGCAGCCACCCCUUGCGUGGCUGGCCUGGGUGGGCUGUGAGGACGGGGCCCGCUCGCUCUGGGGGUGCCCCUCGGCCCCCUGGCACCUGCAGAGCUGUGGCACCGACGGGUACGCACAAGUGGAGUGUGAGGAGGACAGUGAUGGCACCUCUGAUGGACACAGCGCCCCAUAUCCAGAGGGUGCCACCAGCACAGGUGUCCCCAGCAGAACGCCCUCAGCAGUGGCCCUGGGGACUGUGCCUGUGCCCACUGUGCUGUGCGUGGUGCUGGGGACGCUGCUGUGCCUGUCCCUGGGUGCCCUGGCCCUGCUGCUGUGCCGUGCCCGUGCCCGACGCCGAGGCCCUGGCAAAGCUGCAGAUGCCACCUCCAAUGCUAUUUACGAGGAGCUGGAUUACAAAGCCAUGCCAGAGUACCAGGAGGUGCCCACUCCCCCAGGUUCCCUGUCGGAGGGAUGGGUGAAGAAGCUGCCGUAUUACACCGGGGACAGCGUGGAGGGGAGUGACACCGAGGCAGCGCCAGAUCCCCCUGCCCAGCCCGAGCAAGGAAGCCCGGAUGGCUACGACGAUGCCCUGGAUGUGCCACAGGAGCCCCCUGCUCCCAGCACGGGGGACAUCUCUGAGGGAGUGGCACGGCAGAAGUGGAUCUGUGUCCUCCCCACAGGUAAGAGGGCUCACAGCUGCCCUGUCCCCUCUGCAGAGCCACUCCAUGGCAGGGUUUGGCUCUGGGGGCGGGCAGGGCCCCAGCAGCAGAUCCAUGGGUGCUGUGGUCAGAUCCCAGGCGGGGUCUGUCAGGGGGGACACGGAGCUGCCUGCCCCCUCAGGCACCUUUCUGUGCUGUCCCCAAGGUGGGAUCUCGUCCCCUCCAAGUUCCCCAGGAGCCACCAAGAACCCCACGGAUCAGCCCCCUGGGCACAUGGACUAUGA